AUGGAUUUAGAUGGUGUUGAGUUGUUACUAGACUUGAGGGAAAUGGUUUCUCAAUCGGGUUUCGAAAAGUCUACUACUUGCAGUGGUGUUAUUGCUCUGAGAAGUAAUCUGCAGAGUAAAUCAAGUCACAAAUGCAAAAUAUGUGGCAAGAGUUUUGAGUGUUAUCAAGCUCUAGGUGGUCACCAAAGAAUUCACAGACCGAUUAAAGAGAAACUAUCGAAACAAGAGUUCAGUGAAGUAUAUCCUCGGAAGAGUAAGUUGCAGAAAAGACCUGAGAGUAGUAGCUCCUGCUAUGAAUGCAAAGUAUGUGGCAAGAUUUUUGGGUGUUAUCGAGGUCUAGGUGGCCACACGAAACUUCACAGAUCGACUAAGAGGGAAUUAGCGAGUACUCAAGAUGAGAAUUCACUGUUAGACUCAUCAGAAGCUAAGAAGAUUGUUUCACAACCAUCAAGCUUUAAAGUCUCUCAGGAGGAGAAGUUCUUACAUUGUGUGGAGUUAAAACAAGACUUCAGUGAACCGCUUUCUCAUUCGGGUGCAUUACCAUCUACUCUGAGAAGUAAAUUGCAGACAAAAACUCAGUGGAAAUCAAGCUGUCAUUGCAAAAUAUGUGGCAAGAGUUUUGUGUGUUCUCAAGGUUUAGGUAAUCACAAAAGAGUUCACAGAGAGAUUAGCGGGAAAUUAGCGUGUAAAAGGAAGUACACUGAAGACUAUAAUCCAUUCUCUGACUCAUUAAAAGCUAAGAAGAUUGUUAAAAAACCAUCAAGCUUUGAAGUCUCUCAGGAGGAGAAGAUCUUACAUUGUGUUGAGUUAAAACAAGACUUCGGUGAACUGCUUGCUCACUCGGGUUUCGACAAGUCUAUUAGUUGCAGCAAAUCGAUCAAAGUGAAAAAAGUAGCGCGUAAAAAUGAGAAAACUGAAGAUAGUACUUCACUGUUUGGCGUUUUUGUCGGCGAAAUGUCUCAGAGACUUCAUGGUUGCAAAACAUGCGGGAGAAAGUUUGGAACUUUAAAAGGUGUGUAUGGUCACCAGAGGAUGCAUUCUGGUAAUCACAAUAGAAUCGAAGAUGAGAAUGGUUUGGAAAGGAUUUGGGGUCUUAAGAAGAAGUCUAGGGUUUGCUCUGUUUCAGCUUUUGAUCGAUUCAAAGGAUCUUCUUUUAUGGCUGAGAUUGAGAAACAUGAGGUGAUUGAAGCUGCAUUGAACUUGGUUAUGUUGUGUCAAGGAGUUUAUGACUUUGCUUCUAUCAGUAAUUUGCCUCUAGGUGAUGGUUUCAUGGAUUUAGAGCUUAAACCUUGUCCUUUGAGAAGGAAACUACAGAAAAAAUCUCGCUCCAGUUAUAAAUGCAGUAUAUGUGAGAAGAGUUUUGUGUGUUCUCAAGCUCUUGGUAGUCACCAGAGACUUCACAGAUGGAAACUAGUGCCUAAACCUGAGUACAUUGAAGAUGAUAGUUCACUGUUAGACUCAUCAGAAGCUAAGAAGAUUGUUUCAAAACCAUCAAGCUUUGAACAUGCUCAGGAGGAGAAGAUCUUACAAUGUGUUGAGCCGAAACUAGAGUUCCACGAACAGCUUGCUCACUCGGGUUUCGACAAGUUUGAUACUUGCAGUAAAAUCAGGUUCAGUGCAUUACCUUCUCCUCCAGAAGCUAAGAAGAUUGUUUCACAACCACCAAGCUUUGAAGUCUCUGUGGAUGAAAAGAUCUUAUAUCGUGCUGAGCCAAAACUAAACUUCAGCGAACCGCUUGCUCACUCGUGUUUCGACAAUUCUAGUAGCUAUAGAAGCAUAAUAUGUGGCAAGAGUUUUGUGUGUUCACAAGCAUUAGGUGGUCACCAAACACUUCACAGAUCGAUUAAAGGCCAAUUAGCGGGUACUGAAGAUGGUAAUUCACUCUCUGUGACUGACUCAGAAGCUAGCAAGAUUGUUGCACAACCAUCAAGCUACAAGUCUCAGGGGAUAUAAAAAUGUCAGUGCUUUGAUGUUUC